CGAUUCUCCACAGCUGCAGAAGACUUUGCUAAAGGAAUUCUACAACCACAAGAUGGAGAUGUUCAGAGCCACUGAAGCCCCCAGGGACAGUGGGAUAACGGAAGAGUCGAAAGCUCACUGGGGUGAUUUAUUUUCAAAAUGGAGCAGUAAACUGCCCGGUCUGUCGGAGGAGGAAACUGAAAAAUUCCAGACGGCUGUCAAAGCUGGGAACCUCUCAGAAGCCAUGUCUGUGGUGAGCAUGUCUGAGGACAUGUUAAGAAAUACCAAGCUCAACAUCGCCAUCACAGGGAACUCGGGCUCUGGGAAGUCGUCUUUCAUCAAUGCCAUAAGAAGCUUAAAUGAUGAUGACAGAGGCGCAGCUGAGACUGGGGUGACAGAAACAACAAAGGAUCCAACUCCUUACCCCCAUCCCAUUCACCCAAAUGUGAUUGUGUGGGACCUUCCUGGGAUCGGAACAAGGAAAUAUCCGGCAGAAACAUACCUGACCGAUGUGAAGGCUCGUCGUUAUGAUUUCUUCAUCAUCAUCGCAGCUGUGCGCUUCACAGAAGCUGACACCAAACUUGCCAAAGAAAUCAACAGCAUGGAGAAGAAGUUCUAUUUUGUCCGCACCAAGGUGGAUAUGGACUUGGCUAAUGAACAGAAAAAAAAAUAUUUCAAAGAGGAGAAAACUCUAGCGACAAUCAGAAAUGACUGCAUGGAGCAGCUACAAAAAGCAGGGAUCAGCUCCCCACAGGUUUUCCUGGUGUCAAGAUGGGACUUUCACAAGUAUGAUUCUCCCCAACUGCAGGAGACUUUUGCGAAUGACCUCAACAUUCACAAGAGACACGUUCUCAUCUGUGCCCUGCCCAGCACCUCUGAAGAAAUCUUGAAAGAGAAACAGAAGGCCCUGCAGGAACAGAUCUGGAAACAAGCCCUGAAGUCGUGCGCUCUCGCUGCUGUUCCUCUCCCAUUUCUCUCAGUUAAGUGCGAUGUCGACAUCUUGGUGGAGAACAUGAGGGAGUAUUGCAAGUCCUUUGGCCUGGAUGAUGAUUCCAUCAAAUCACUUGCUAAACAAGUUCGGAUGUCUGUUGCUGAGCUGAAGUCUGUGAUAAAGUCCCCUCUGGCCAAAGAUAUAACAAAAGAAGAGGCUUUGAAGCGGCUCAAAGAGGCUACAGGGGAACCUAUAAUGACAGUUAAAUAUUUUAUCAGCAUGAUACCACUGAUUGGCACUGGGAUAGCUGCAAAGAAAUCUUACAGUGCCACCUAUGAAGUGCUACAUACGUUUUUGGAUGAAGUUACAGAAGAUGCUCAACGAGUCCUGAAAAAGGCUUUGGAGGGAGCAGAGAAUAACCUAUAAGAGUGUCCCAGCCACAGCCCCGGUCUCCUUUCUGCAGUUUGAUUGUCCCAAAUGUAAACAAACCAAGAGACAAAACCAUUUUUCAGCUCAGCCUUCCACUGCCGACUUUCAUGGCCUCCCCUCCCAGGGGUCUCUGGCAGUCCUGCUG